CCGCGCGCUCGCUGCCCCGGGUCCGUCCCCGCGCCCCGCGGAGACCAGCGCCAUGCCCGGGGCCAGAUGGCCGGGCGCUGGGAUCUUGGGCCUCCUCCUGCUGCCCACGGCCCUGGCGCUGGAGGUGUCCGUGGGGAAGGCCGCCACCAUCUACGCCGUCAACGGCUCGGAGGUCCUGCUGCCCUGCACCUUCACCAGCUGCAUCGGCUUCUACAACCUGGCCUUCACCUGGUCCUACAACAGCAGCGACGCCUUCCGGGUCCUCCUCAAAGGGACCGUGAAGAACGAGAAGGCGGAGCCCCGGCUGCAGGUGCGGGGCGACGAGCGCAUCACGCUGGAGGGCUCCACCAAGGAGAAGAAGAACAACCUGUCCAUCCUGCUGCACGACCUGGACUUCGGCGACACCGGCCGCUACACCUGCCACGUGCAGAACCCCAAGGAGAAGGACCUGCAGCACCAGGCCACCGUCUUCCUCCAAGUGGUGGAUAAGCGUACGGCGGGCGCGGAGGGGCGGGCGGGCACCCACGGGCGCUCUGGUGGCUGGGACCCGGCCAGGUGCUGCUCUGAGCCCGGACUCA